AUGAAUAAUGACGAUUACAAUCAAUUUGAUUUGCUACAUGUUACAGUAGAUCAAUUUGAUAAGGAUGACGAGGAUGCAGGCCAAGAUUUUGGAGAAACUGAGACCGAUGAAGAAACCGACAUGGACAAUGAAGAAACUGGUCCCAAAGAAGACAAUAAUGACAAUGAAAACAGACCUGCAGUCACUCCACCUGCUGGCACAAUUUUGAAAUUGGAAAAGAAUAUGAAACCGAAUCGGCAUUUGAUAAUUAAUCAUCGUGGUCGCAAAUCGAAUAAAGACAAACAUUUACAAAAAGAGCCAGACAAUAAAGAUGUAAACAAAAACUCUAAGCAAAGCAAAGAUAGUAAGAAAACGUUGAACAAAGUAAAUACGAGUACAACUGAGAAAUCGAAAAAGAAGUCCGAACGUAAUAGUAUUAAGGAGAGGAACGAUGAUAACGUGGGCACUCUUCAAGACAAGGAACAAAACGUGUUAGAUAUGAAAUUCCGGAAAAUGAUGGGUAUAUCAAUUUUGGACGAAGAAGUUGAAAAAAUCACAAACAACGCUAUCGAGGAGAGAGUCGAAACCCUAGAGGAGUAUUUCAAUAAAAUUCUUAUGCAUCAAGCUGCGCAAACGUCAAGCCCGAAACCUCACAUCCUUGGAUUUGGCGAGCCUAAUGAGAAACAAGACGCCGGUGAAGAUUCUGCUCGUCCAGUAGAUGCGGCAGAAGAAGAUGAUGAUGUGGCCUCUCGACAGUGUCGCGAGCAGAUCCUUUGUGCUACGUCACUUGCGUCCGUGUUCAAGAGCUUCGGAAGCCAUGUAUUCAUCGAGGCUCUAACCAGCUCGUCACGUGGCGGGGACGUGGCAUCUACAGGUCCUGAUUGUCCUCAUCAUAAAAACUUGUCACGUCUGCCCUCCCCACUCCCGCCCUCGGAGAAAGCCUCCCCGACAACAGCAACCUCGCCCCGGGGUGAGAAGCCCUCGUCUCGACCAAUUUUCACCAAACCACAGGGCCCACGCUCCGAAGGGGUCCUGGCCACAUACCCAAGCAAGCCUUGGAUUGGAAUCCCCAAGGGAAAGCGUGGCUGUCCACGGCAAACCUGGCGUCGCACCGUACUGGCAGAAGCGACGAGCAUCGGUAUGACGUGGAGUGAGGUGAAGCGUGAAGCUCAAGAUAGAUCGCGAUGGAGAACUUCAGUGGACGCCCUCUGCCCCAUCUAG